GCCGCGGAAAGGCGCCUGCCCGCGACCGCCGCCUCAGGGGCCGCGCCUCCCUCGCCUCGCUCCGGCGGCCGCUCCGCCUCGUCCACAGCGACCGACCGCGCCUGGCGCAGGCGCAGGCGCAGACCUCGGACCCGAAGCUGGUGCUCCUCGGCUGUCGCCGUGACCCCGCCCCCGGGCCCAGGAUGUGAGGCCGGUCGGGUGUCCCCGCGGCGGGCCGGGGCGGCGUGGGGCCCGCGGGCGCCAUGGAGGGCGUGCUGUACAAGUGGACCAACUACCUGAGCGGUUGGCAGCCUCGAUGGUUCCUUCUUUGUGGGGGAAUACUGUCCUAUUACGAUUCUCCUGAAGAUGCCUGGAAGGGUUGUAAAGGGAGCAUCCAGAUGGCAGUUUGUGAGAUUCAAGUUCAUUCUGUGGAUAACACUCGCAUGGACCUGAUCAUCCCUGGGGAACAGUAUUUCUACCUAAAAGCCAGAAGUGUGGCAGAGAGACAGCGGUGGCUGGUGGCCCUAGGGUCUGCUAAGGCCUGCCUGACAGAUAGUAGGACCCAGAAGGAAAAAGAAUUUGCAGAAAACACUGAAAACUUGAAAACCAAAAUGUCGGAACUAAGGCUAUACUGUGACCUCCUUGUUCAGCAAGUAGAUAAAACAAAAGAAGUGGCCACAUCUGGUGUUGCUGACUCCGAGGAGGGAAUCGAUGUGGGAAUGCUGCUGAAAUCAACCUGCAACACAUUCCUGAAGACCCUGGAGGAAUGCAUGCAGAUUGCAAAUGCAGCCUUCACCUCAGAGCUGCUCUACCAUACGCCCCCAGGAUCCCCUCAGCUAGCGGUGCUUAAGUCCAGCAAGAUGAAACAUCCUGUCAUACCAAUUCAUAAUUCAUUAGAAAGGCAGAUGGAAUUGAACAACUGUGAAAAUGGAUCUUUAAAUAUGGAAGUAAAUGGUGAUGAAGAAAUUCUAAUGAAAACCAAGAGUUCCUUGUAUUUGAAAUCCACAGAGGUAGAUUGCAGCAUGUCAAGUGAAGAAAACACAGAUGAUAAUGUGACAGUCCAAGGUGAGAUACUGAAGGAAGAUGGAGAGAAAAACCUGGGGAAUCAUGACAGUGAGCUUGCACAGCCUGGAUCAGACUCAGUUUGCUCGCCAGAAUCCGUCUGGGAAGACAGCGAAGAAGUUAUCCCAACUUUCUUUAGUGCCAUGAGUGCCAGCUUUAGUGACAUUGAACUUCUGGAAGACAGUGGCAUUCCCACAGAAGCAUUCUUGGCAUCUUGUUAUGCAGUGGUUCCAGUACUAGACAAACUUGGUCCUACAGUGUUUGCUCCUGUGAAAAUGGAUCUUGUUGGAAAUAUCAAGAAGGUAAAUCAGAAGUACAUAACCAACAAGGAAGAGUUUACUACCCUCCAGAAGAUAGUGCUGCAUGAGGUGGAGGCUGAUGUAGCUCAGGUUAGGAACUCUGCGACAGAAGCCCUCUUGUGGCUGAAGAGAGGUCUCAAAUUUUUAAAGGGCUUUUUGACAGAAGUGAAAAAUGGGGAAAAAGAUAUCCAGACGGCACUGAAUAACGCAUACGGCAAAACAUUACGGCAGCACCAUGGCUGGGUAGUUCGAGGGGUUUUUGCGUUAGCACUGAGGGCAGCACCAUCCUAUGAAGAUUUUGUGGCUGCGCUAACCAUAAAAGAAGGUGACCACCAGAAAGAAGCUUUCAGUACUGGGAUGCAGAGGGACCUGAGCCUUUACCUCCCUGCUAUGGAAAAGCAGCUGGCCAUACUGGACACUUUAUAUGAGAUCCACGGGCUGGAGUCUGAUGAGGUGGUGUGACAGCUACAGGACAGCACCUCCUAACUUCAGGGAAUAAAGUUUGCUAAAGUGUUGUGUUGCCCUAGUUAAUUUUCAGCAACAGCUUUGAUGCUCUCCAACUCCUUUCCUGGGGAGAUAGACAGGAGGAAGCAAAACCUAGUGCUUUUAUAGAAUUGUUUUAAUGCAUAUGUGUUUGGUGUUUUUAAAAAUCAAGGUGCUAAAUAUUUCAGUUCAACAGGCCUACUGGAAACCAAAUCAUAGCUGUCACAGACUUGAAUAGCAAGUAAUAAGAGCAAAAUUGACAAAUGAAUUUGUUGGGAUCACAUUUUAUAUUGUUCUGUUUCAGUUAUUAGUUUUAAUGGACCACCCAAAUCCAAGCAGUAUGCAGGACUAUAAUACAAAGCCAGUGUUUAAAAUAGCUUAGAAAUCGACUGAGUGUUGGAGGGAGUGUAAGCUUUGUCAAAGGACUUGCUGUGCAACGGUUUGUUAUUUCUAGACUGUCCCGAGUGGGUCCCUUCUCUGUGACUCUGCUGAUGAGAAGGGCAGUGUAGUGAAGACAUUUUGACAGUUGUGGGAAAACACUAACAAGGACUGCCGCGCCUGUUGUCAGGGGGGACAGUGGCUCCAGGAGAUGACCUCACCCCAUGCUUGAGAACAAAAUAGAAGUGUAGGGUAAGUUGUUUGGGUAACAAGUGCUACUCUUGGCCAAUACAUUUCCUGUAUGUUAUCUGAAUUGGACAUCAUAACAAAACAGUGACACUAUAGAGGAUUGCUAUCCUACUUCAGUAGUAAAGCCUAUAAUAGAAAGGUCUACUCACAUUCAUGGAGUAUCUUGUUUCUCUUGAUUUUAUUUUAUUUUUAUUUAUUUAUUUUUUGCCGAGCUUUAUGAACUCUCUUCAGCAAAAGAGCCAGGUGGCUUUAAAUGUGAUCUAGAUCACCCCUGUAUUGAAGUCAUAUGAUGUGCUGUUUGAAAGAACAGAGUCCUAGAACUUACCUGAAGAACCCACUCUGGAAGUGAAACAGGAAUUUUCUGGUUGAUAACCUUCCCAGGCGAUACUCAAGUACACAAGGUCGAAGGGCUACCCAAUUGAAUUCUAGUUUUCAGGAUUCCCAUUCUUCUGCAAGAACCAAAUGAUGCAUCCCCCUACCCCAGGAGAAAGAGGGCCAUCAUUCAAGUAAAGUAAUUAAGUAGAGAGUGAGUAGACCAGCAGCUUGGGUAGCAUUGCUUGUGGCAUCUCUGUAAAGAGUGACAAGGUGCCCGUGUCUCCCAGUAAUGGACCAAGAGAGUGCAUAGGGGAGAAGCCAUGCAUGCCUUCCCCAGGAGAGGCUACUUCCUCCUAGUAACAAGAAAAGUCAUUCAAGCAUGAGCAGUCCCCCAGAGAAAGGGAGCCCUUGCCAGGCACAGGUGAAGGGAGUGACUGCACGCUGCGAUUGCUGCUGCAUACACUAGGGCUCUGCAGAGAAUUCGUGCAGGGAAAGGUACUGCUUUGGUCUGUCUUCAAGCAAGUGGGCAUUUACUCAAAUUAAUGAAGCACUAGAGCUGGCCACGGCGGUGCACGUAAACCCAGCUGUUGAGGAGUAUGAGGCAGAAGUAUCACUUGGGCCCAGGGUGUGGAGGAAAACCUGGGCAGCUAGCAAGACCUUGCCUCUUAAAAUUUUUAAGAAGAAAACCUCAAGUGAAGCAAGCAUUUUGCCUACAUGAGAAGUUCUAGAAAGUAAACAAACAGGAGGAAGGGCUGAAAUUACUGACAAUGUGCUCUUAGCUCCCACAAGAACUUCAUCUGGGUCCUCUUCCUUGGCUAGUGGAAAUCUGAGGGAGGGGCUAGGGCAUAAUUUAGACCUCCUGCCCUUGACAUAGCCUCUUAAAACCAGAAAAAGAAAAGGUAGCUAGUCUUCUUGUCUCCGAGAGUGGGUGUGACAUCAGUGGGCUGUGCUACCAGGAAAUUGAUACUAAGCAUGGCUGCCCUAAGCAGCUGUGGGUGCCUCUCUGGUCUCUAGAGCCCAGGGGCAGGGCACUCUGAGAACACCUCGGUCUGCACUGAGGCUCUAAGUGCACACAAAAGGAAAGCUGCCUUGCAGGGCAGUCUGAGUUUCUAGGUUCAUUCCACCUAGAUUGGUAGUCUUUGGUUGCUUCUCACUUUAGUUAAAGCUAGGGUUUUUGUUUUAUUUCGGGGUUUUUUUUUUUCUCUGAUUUUCAGUUACUUUCUAAGAAAGGGGUAAUAAGAAAAGAUCCUGAAAGUGCUCCCAGGAGCCCUUCUAAGAGCCCUGGCAUCCCUCAGCCACUUUCACCCCAACAGGUGGAGACAACGCUCACCCGAUCUUCAUUGCUAACAACAGUUUUGGAUUAUUCUCCUAGCAUAACUUUAAGGGAGAAUCUGAAGAAUAGGGAAAUGUGUCUCCCUAGACACCAGCAGCAUUGAAUAAGGAGCAUUGGCUGACCCUUACAGAGCACUGCCCCACCACCAUUUCAUCGGCCUGCUCUUCACCCCCACCCCAUGAAGCUCAGCUCCACACUGGCUGGCAUCAGUGUGCAUGUGUUGAACCGAACAAAGGCUCUUCAAUUGUGACAAGCCUUUUGUCUUUUGAAAACAUCUGAUUAUAACUAACACCUACUGAAAGAUACUAACUUGGAGGUGUGGCACCUUUGAGGGUAGAAACCAGCUUGUAACUGAGGCAGAGGUGAUUUCCAUGGCAGCUCUUGACACAGCCAGAAGGGUGCUCUGGGGAUGUAGUGGCUUGUUACUGUGUCCCAGUCAUUCUGAGCAUGAAACUAUCCCCCAGUGUCACUUCCCAUAGUGGGGAACAUCAUCUAUACCCCUUCUUUCAGCCUUGGAACUUUUUUCUUCUGUUAUUGAACAUUGCUAGCAGUGAGCUACCCCUCCCUCCCCGCCCCACUUAAGCUUGCCACAGGGAUCCCCGCUCCUAGCCCUUGUUUCCUCUUCUUCAGCAGCAGCAGCAGCAGCAGCCCACCUGGCCCAGGAUCUGUUACCUACCUAUCGAACUGCCAGAGCUUAGGGCAGAAGCCACGUUCACAUUUGUAGCUGUAAGGUAGGGGAGGGUCACAGUGGGAGAGCUGAAUGCCACAGGGAAAGAGCAAGCACACCUCUGCCUUUGACUGGUCCAUGUACAGUUAAUGUGUUCACCCUGCAGAGUAGUGUUUUUAGGUAAGAAGUGUGUGGUGAGAUUGGUAAAUUCAGUGCACUUUGUUAAAGUGAGAAGAGCUGAAGAAUUGUUUUUCUAAAGAAAACUAGUACAAUCUUAAAGGUCAUGUGUAUGGAGAGACUUCAGAUAAAGCAACAGAGAAAUGAGAAGGUUUUGAGCAAUAUAAAAUAUAAGGCAUUUUGGAGACUUUCUGGAGAACAAUUUUUUUUUGUCUAUUUCCUGCUAGACCCCUAUGUCCUACAGGCACGGGGUCCCAUUGUGUUGUGUUUUGAAUCAUCGAUUCAAACCACUGCUUCUGAUGUAGUCAUGGGUUUACAACAGUUCAAAUCUCCACCCUCAUGUUUCAUUUCACUACUAAACAUUUUUAAAAUAGAAGGUUUCUAGAUGUAGAAUUUCUGACUAACUACAGUCUGUGUUGAGCCAACCCUCAAUUCAGCAAUCUAAUGUGUUUGGCCAUAGAGAUCCAGACCUGAGAUGCUUUGUGACACUGCAGUCUACAUGUUUGUAUGCGGCAGACUCCAAAAGUAUACAUGAAGUGCUGUAUUGAGAAAUGCAUUCUACUUCCAUGUGAUCCUUUGUAACCUGCAGUUGCUUACUCAGGGGUUUCACAAUAACAACAUAAAUAUCCGAUAGCUGUCCGAUGGCAUUUGAAGACUUUUUCCAUAACAAGGUUAUAGAUGUAUAAUAUUAGUUGAGGGUCCUUUCACUGCUCACUGGCCCUCCCCUGUGAAUGCUCCAAGUCCAACCCUGUCCUGCAGACCAUUUACAUGAUUUCUUGCUGCACAGCUGCAUUCAAAAAAUCUAGGACAUGAUCAGCCUGUCACUGGUGAUGCCUCUGGUACAGAUGAUGCAUGCAUUGAUCUCUCUUCUCCAUUGUCUGUAUAUAGCCUUUAAUGGAAAGGAAAAAAGGCCACUACUCUGUAGUGCACAGUUUUCUUCUGAAAUUCUUUCUUGUAAAUUGUAAAUCCUUGAGUCACUUUUUCAGAGUGAAAAGUGUUUCUAGCCAAGCUGUGGGGGGCAUAAUAUCCUACUUGUUUGAAAUGUCUCAUGUAUUUAAACUGUGGUCAGUAUCCUCCUCACCUUACAUUAUGCAUACCCCUGGGUGGGGUGGUCCCCUCACCCUGUGGGGGUGGUUCCAUCAUUCCUGGCAUGGAUGACCUCAUUACACAGCUGAUCUCAUCCACACAGAACCCCAUGUGUGUGUCCACAGGUGUAGGUGGAGUCGGUGAAGAGAAGGGUGAUCUAGACAGCAGAUGAGCCAGCUACAUGGCACGGGUAAUGUAUGAUUCCCAUGUGUCAUGAGAAUUUCACUAGAAUGUCAUUCAGCAGCCCAACUACCUCAUGUGAAAUUGGCUGUGGACAAUCUGUGUUAGGUGAGAAAUGUGUUCAGAGAAAUUUAUUCUGGUUAAUAAAUUGAACAGAGUGGUGUCUCUAUGAAGAAGAAACAUGUUAUACCAGAUGCCAAAGGCUAAACUAUACGUAGAUUUUCUUGGAUUCCUUUCUACGUUAAUGUUUAAUUCCACAGUCUGUAUCUUCAUGAAUGUUUGUAGUUUUGUAGAGCCAUAUGCUCUCAAUACCUGUCACAGAAUCCUGUGUCAACCCCCUCGUCUCUCAGUAUUUUGAAUGAACAUCAUAAUGCUGAUAGGAAGCAAGUUAAACUAUAAAAAUGUCAACUUGUGGCUUCUUAAUUUAAUGGACUUUUACUUAGAAAUGUAUUGGAGCCUUUUAGGACCAAUUGUUGAGUGAAAAUAUUGUGUGCAAAUUUGUCUGCUUCUCUGUCCAAGUUGUUAUUCUGUAUUUCAUGGGAAGUGGGGCAGGGGAGGGUUUUACUUCCUUUGGAGAAUGUUUGAAAACAUCCAUCAGAUUUUUAUAUUCAUUAAUUACAAUAAACAUAUUUUUAGAGUAUUUUA